CUUCAAGACCAGCCUGACCUGGUCUGGAGGCCAGUAGUAACACUUGGCUCUUGAACAGCACUCUCCUCAAAGGACAGGUCCAUAUGGCUGCCUUGUGUUUUACAUGGGGAAAUGGAGUCUGCAGAGGUGAAGCAAGUUGCCCAAAGUCAAUAACAGAGCUAGAAAUAGAAUCCAAUAUGCUGACUUCCAGUUUAGAGCCCUAUUCACUGGACUACAUUGAAUCCCUUAAUUCCCCCCACUACAUCAAGUAUGUACUUCAGUCUAGGGCUUCUCCAGGUACAGGAUUUAAUCUGCUUUAUCUUUGUCCUGUUUCUCCUCCCCUAUGCUGGACUGUUCUUUGAGAGAGUUAAUAACACAGAAACAAACUUCACUUUCCUUGAGAGCAGACACGAUCUAGAAUGCAAAAACCUCACUUUAUGCUGGUAAAGGAAAAUGCUGGUUUGUCAAAGGUCUGUUACUGGAGUUGGGACUACAGGAUAAGCAGCCUUUUACCCCUGAAUUCCUUGGGACGGAGAUGCUGAAAGGACUUGGGUCUAUAUGAUUGCAAGAAGACCCUCCUGUGGGUGUCAGUGGUGCACCCUCUGAGAAUAACAUUAUGCAAUGGAAUGCAGUUAUAUUUGGGCCAGAAGGUACCCCUUUUGAGGAUGGUACUUUUAAACUAAUAAUAGAAUUUUCAGAAGAAUAUCCAAAUAAGCCUCCAACUGUUAGGUUUUUAUCAAAAAUGUUUCAUCCGAAUGUUUAUGCUGAUGGUAGCAUAUGUUUAGACAUCCUUCAGAAUCGCUGGAGUCCAACAUAUGAUGUUUCAUCUAUUUUAACUUCAAUUCAGUCUCUGCUUGAUGAACCUAAUCCAAACAGUCCUGCAAACAGUCAGGCAGCACAACUUUAUCAGGAAAACAAACGUGAAUAUGAGAAAAGAGUUUCAGCUAUUGUUGAACAAAGCUGGAAUGAUUCAUAAUAGAUAACUACUUUGUUAAUCUUCCUCCUCAUAAUCAUUGUGUACAAUUUAACACUCAGUAGAAAGGCUACCAGAAAUUUUAAGUGCCACACAAGUUCUAAAGAUUUGCGUACAAACAUGUUUGCAAAAAAAUUAAGCCCUUCAGUUUAGAAACUUUAAAAGCUUGUGUAUCUUGAUUCAUGUACUUUUUAUUGCAUGGUAUGAACUAAGUUAUUGCUACAUAAAUUUGUAAUAUAUCCUGUUUGUAUUUUUUUUCCAAGUGUAUAAUGUUGAUGUGGAGUUUUCAUGAAGAAUAUACACAUUUUGUAAAUCUGUACUUUUUCAAAUAUUGAAUGCCUUAUUUUUGAAUUCUUUAGAUUUUUAAAUUGGAGAAAAGCACUUAAAGUUUUUAUAUAUAAAUAUUACAUGUAAAACUGUUAAAUACAUAACCUCAGUGCAA